GUCUUCUUCGCGUCGACGCGUAGUUUGCGACGCGACCUCGCGCUCGAACAAAGUGGCUUUUGACGCUGUUUCGCUGUGUCGCGUGCGAUAUUUUGCGUCGUUCAACGUGGAGCGCGUUCGAGUGCGAGUCAGAAGUGCGUGGAAUGGUAAUCGCGACGAGCGUCCGAAUUACCGUCGCGAUUCCGCCGUAAUUUCGUCGCGCGGUUGACAUGGUCGAGGUCGGUGACACGUGCUGCCCACCGAAUAUGUUUCGCAUCGUCGCGUGAGCGGGCAAUAACCCAGAAGAAUGCGAGAGACAAUACGCAACGGCUUCCUCGUCGCCGUGGCCGUCCUGUGUUCCUUCACCGGACGCGUCUCGGCCUCGUAUUGUUAUCCGGACUACUGCCAGAACCUGACUCACCUGGUACCAACACCGAGUUUCCAUUGUAUAUUAACGCCAGUACAAAGGGGGGAAGGUUGCGCAAAGCUGAAACUUGAGGAUGUCGGAAAAUCCAAGCGAGUCAAAGUCGCAAUUUUCACACUGUAUGCGUAUGUGACAAACGUUAGUAGUUCCGAGAAGACGACGGCGUUCAACUUAUCGGUUUCGGAUAUCAAUUUUCAUAGAUUAAUCACGCGUUAUCAAAACAUCGAUGAUAACGACGAGAACGCGUGCAGGCACGUAGAGUUGUACGGGAACGCCAGCUACCCCGCGCCCAAAGACUUGUAUGUGUCAUGCCCGUUCAGCGGUGCUGGAUACGAGGGGUCCUCGUAUCGCUUGGAGUACCUUGCAAUCGGGAAAAAUUACGCGUACAGCAGAGAGUACGUGUUCCACGUACCGCGGCAUGAACUUAUCGAGGAUGGCACCCAGGUCGAGACGUUCACGCCCUUUAUAUACAUCGACGUGUCGGAUCCGUCGAAUCUGGCGUUGUACAUACAACCGCUCCCACCAACGUACAACGUGACAGAGUACAAGGUGUGGCUGAUUAACAACGACACGAGAUCGACCGUCGUCAGCACGAUCGUUCUCGCGAACAAACACAGCGAGCACGUAAGGCACAACUUCUCGGCGCCGGACGGCAUCUAUUACAUCAAUGUUGCGGCAUUGUCGCAUCCCGCGUGCGGCGAAUAUGGAUGCGCGAACAGCACGUCGCCCUACAUACACAUAAAACACGUGUCCGAUCGACUGCUGAUUAUGAUAAUCAGCUUAAUAUGGAUACCACCCGUACUAUUGUACGCGCUGUACCACGCGUGCAAGCUGUACAGAAAGUGGGUUUUAAAAAGAAUGGCGAUAAGACCGAACUGCUUGCUGGUGUACUCACCGACGCAUCCGUCACACGUGAACGUAAUGGCGGAAUUAACUAAGUACCUGCGAUACUGUAAUAUCAAUGCUAUGAUCGACAUGCUCGACAUCGCAGAAACUGCCAGCAAAGAUCCAGGGCUCUGGUGCAAUACAGCGUUUCAGACCGCGGACGUUGUGUUGGUCGUGACAUCUCCGCCGACGUCCGCGAAAUCCGACGCGACGAUCGUUUAUCGAAACGUAGACAACCACCUGUUGCGAUUGCUGAAAGAAAACUAUCCGCGGAGAAACAAGAGAUAUUACGCGGUAUAUCUGCCGUACUGCAAGUCGGAUCAUAUACCGGAAGAGGCGCGGCUCUUCAAGAAGUUCCGCGUACCGGAGGACCUGACGAGGCUCGUGAAGACGAUUCACGGUAUCGUCUGUCUGCGAUUCUUCGCGUCGUCGAGCGACGAGCUGCUGGAGAGCAUCAGAUUCGCUACGGCAAAGAUAUCCGAGGACGAGGCCGCCAGCGCAACGAAGAAUACCGAAGAGACCGACGAUUUGUUACCACCGAUCGUCGUACAAGAGACUGCCAAUUGCGAUGUCAAUCGACCCACCGAGGUUCGUAGGCCCGGCACGCCGGACAGCGAUGUUAUACCUCAAUCUUUCACGACACGUAUCGACGAACUGAAUUUACUCGGAGAGAUUGACGAAGAGAAGUCCUUUGUCAAUAAUUCCAAGAGAAACGAUUGCGAAUUUCGCAUAGAUAAGUUGAACUUGUGAUUUUUUUUUUAUUUGUAUAUGAAUAGUACGUAAGAUUAUUUUCGUAUCAUUUUAUCGAUUGAUUUUAUAUUUGACUAUAAUUGAUUGGAAUAAAAAACUUUUCCAUAAA